AUGUCUUCCACCGAAGAAAGAGUUAACGCCAUGUGUGGCUACAAGGCCACCCUCAACAACCCCAGAGUCUUGGAUGAGGCGAAGCAAAACGCCCAGUUGAUGCUCGACCAGCUUGGUGGUGGCCAGUUAAGCCAUGACCUCUACAGCGCGAGUGGUGGGCAGAACAAGGAUCCGAUGAGAGUCAAUGCUGGACUCAAAGUUGCUGCACAUAACCCUAAUGUAUCGGACGAAACAAGACGCAGUGCUGCUGACAGAGUUGGCGAGAACCCUGAGGAGUAA